AUGGCAAUGUCACGACUUCUCUCCCGAUCAGCGGUUCGGGCUGUGUCCACUUCGACUUCCGCUCAAACCACCAAGGCGGCGGGAGAUAUCUCGAGCGUUUUCCCCAGUUUGAGACCAGAUUACAAACCAGAACCUCUUCCAUCGCGCUUCAGGGAUUUAAAGUUGCAAUAUUUCGAGAAAAACGAAGCCGCGCUGAAGCAAAGCUGGAAGAGACUCCUGCCUAGCUUAGAAGAGGAAGUUGAUAAGAUCAAGUCAAAAGGAAGCGAUAUUAUUCCUUCUGUGGAUUACGCGGACGUUGUCUCUGGAAAUGUACCGGAGAAUGUCCUGGCGGAAAUCCGCCACCGUGGAACAGUAGUAAUCAGAAAUGUGCUACCCCGUGGAAUGGCUAGAGAAUACAAAGAGCGCGUUGAGGACUAUGUUGCUGCCAACAAAGAGCGUGUGAAGGCUUUCCCACCAGACUCGCCUGCAGUAUACGAGUUGUAUUGGACCCAAGCCCAGGCGGAAGCCCGGGCGCACCCUAACAUGCUCGAUACGCAGCGCUUCUUGCAGCGUUUGUGGCAUUCAUCUGACCCCAAAACCAAAAUUUCCACUCGAAACCCCCUCACAUACGCCGAUCGACUCCGGAUCCGCAUGCCUGGUGAUUCCAAGUUCACCCUUGGCCCCCAUAUCGAUGGUGGCUCGCUCGAACGGUGGGAAGACCCUGAGUAUUCCCGCGUUUAUACCAAGAUCCUCGAGGGUAAAUGGGAAGAAUACGACCCGUGGGACGCAAAGCAUCGCGUCUCGGCCAAGAUGGACUUGUACAACGGCGCCGGCGCCUGCUCCAUGCUGAGGUUCUUCCAAGGGUGGCUUUCCAUGUCCCAAACAGCCCCAGGUGAGGGCUCGCUGCAUGUGUGUCCUAUGAUUGUUCACAGCACCGCCUAUACUAUUCUCAGGCCAUUCUUUGAUACGCAAACACUGCAGCCGGCAUUGGAUGCCACCUUCCCUGGGUCUGUUCCCGGUGCCUGCCAGGAAUACAACCCCGUCACCCACCCACACCUGGAGCUUGAAAGCACUAUGGUGUCGGUACCUGAGGUGGGACCUGGUGACUAUGUCGCUUGGCACUGUGACUCUCUGCACUCAGUUGAUAAGAAGCAUCAGGGCAAAGGUGACUCGAGUGUACUCUAUAUCCCUGCCACUCCUAUGUGCGACAUGAACGUCGAUUAUCUGCUCAAGCAACGCCAGGCAGCUCAAGCUUACUCCCCGCCUUGGGACUUUCCAGGCGCUGGUGGACCCGGCGAGAGCGGCUUCAAGGGCGCACUUGACUGGAACUCGCUCAACCCUGAGGGCUUGCGUGCUAUGGGCCUAGGCAAUCAGCCAUGGGAGGUUACCUCUGACAUGAGUGAGGGCGAAAAACAGGUUGCGACGCUCCUUCUGCUCGCCUCGUGCGUUCCCUCGGCGCUGGCUAUCUAUCGCGACGAGGUCGACCAUAUCGAUUUCCAUCAUGCUCUACUCGGUCCUGCUUCGUCCCAUUCGACCUUCUUCCUCAAGCCUUCGUCCUCAUCUGAUGCAUCCCUGCUCUACACUUUGUCCGAGAAAUUGCUCCUUGGUGCCGUAAAUCCUAGGGAUGGGUCGGUGGUGUGGAGGCAAAAUGUCUCCCGAUCCGCUGCAGCCGCUGACAGCGGCCUCUUACGUGCUUCCGACGGGACCAAUGCCAUUGUUAGCGCAGUGGGCGACUAUCUGUCAUCGUGGAGCGCCCUGGAUGGUAAAUUGAUCUGGGAGAGCUGGUUUUCCGACGACCAUGUGGCAGAUCUGGAGCUGCUGGAGCUAGAGGAUGCCGCCUCGCCUUCUGCCGUUAAAGACACGAUUGCGCUUUUCGGAGGUAAGGCGGGGGUUGUUAGAAGACUGGAUGGAGAUUCGGGCAAGGUCAAAUGGGAAUAUAAAGACGAAAGUGGCGAUCUCCCUUUCCAAGUCUCGUCCUCCUCCACCAACGUUUUCUAUAUUUCUCUGCAAUCUGCUCUUCUGAAGGGCUAUAAGAUCAAGGUUACAUCUAUGGACCUAUUGACCGGUCGUCAGAACCAGCAAUUGACCUUGAACUCGGAAGGUGACAUUUCCGGGCCCGAGUCUGUACUUUUCGUGGGCGCAAACACCGCCUCGCCUCUGAUUGUCUGGGCAGAUAAAGCUCAGAAAGUACUCAAAGUCAACGUUAUUGGUACGAAGCAAGUUAGCGCCAUCAAUGUCGACAACACCAGUGGCGAGGAGAUUCGUUCAAUCACCGUUCACGCUCCGAAGAAACUCAACUCGCUGCCCCAUUUUCUGGUUCAUUACCAAACGCAAUCUACAUCCUGGGCUGAGGUUUACCACGUCAACUUGCAAUCCGCAGUUGUAUCCAAGGCCUACGAUCUGCCUCGCUUGGAAGGAUGGUCUGCCUUUUCUACAAGUACCAAGGAUGCAAAUGUUUACUUUACCCGGAUCACGCAGUCGGAAAUGACUGUUGUAUCUUCUGCCUCUCAUGCCAUCUUGGGGAGGUGGCCUCUUCAGUCGCCUCCGAUGGAGCGCGCGCUACAUGCAGUGUCAGAAGUUGUCCCGAAAGGCGAUAGCGUCGCGGUACGAUCGGCUGCUGUUUUGGAGUCAGGUGACUGGCAGUUACUCCGAAAUGGCCAACCUGAAUGGACUAGAUACGAAGCUUUGGCUGGCGCUUUGGCUGCCAAUUGGGCUGAGGAGGAAUACCAGGAGGAGCUGGCUCACCAGCUUGAGGUUGAAGGUCAUGAGAGCCUUUUUGCGGCGUACGCGCAUCGUGUCAGGCGCCACAUCAAAGACCUCGAACAUCUUCCUGAGUGGCUACAAGACCUGCCCAAGCGCAUCCUUACCAGUUUCUUGACCGACGAAGUUUCAAACCUUGAUAGCUUUGGCAUCUCGAGACAUGUUAUCGUUGCUACUGAAAAUGGACGUGUCUAUGCGCUCGAUGGCGGAAACCACGGCGCUGUUUCCUGGAGCGUGAAGGCUGCGGAAGCAGAAACUUGGGCUCCUGUCGCAGUGGUCACCCAACCAGGCCUUGCCACUGUCUACACAGAUGAUGGCAGCUCGGUUACAUUGAACGUCGCCUCUGGAGAAAUCAUCAAGCGCACUCCGGCCACUACCAAGCUCCGUUCUGUCGCCGUCCUCAACGACUCCCCCGCGCCCCUCGUCGUUGGGAUUAGUGAGAACGGUACUCCCGUGGAGUCUGUAGAUCGUCCUGGAUUUUUUGUCACACUUGGCAAUGGUCGCGUGCUAGGCUGGAGCGCCAACAAUAACAAGUUCCCCGUCUGGGAGUUCCUACCCCCACAAGGCGAGAGAGUCAUCCAUGCCACCUCCCGACCAGCUCAUGAUCCUGUCGCAUCGAUUGGCAAGGUUCUGGGCGAUCGAUCGGUUCUGUACAAGUAUCUGAACCCUAACUUGGUUCUUGUCACCGCCGUGGGCGAUAAAUCCGCUACUUUCUACCUGCUGGAUGCUAUCUCUGGCAAGGUUCUCCAUGCAAGCACCCAAAGUGGCGUUGACACCACCCAGCCAAUUGCCUCAGCCAUGUCCGAGAACUGGUUCGCAUAUUCUUUCUGGGGUGAUGUCGUCCACCCAUCGGAUGCCAAGGGCUACCAAUUGGUGAUUUCCGAGCUGUAUGAGUCUUCGAUACCUAAUGACCGUGGGCCACUGGAUGCUGCAUCCAACUACUCUAGCCUUGACGCACUGCCCCUUCCACAUGUAGUGUCCCAGUCCUUCAUCAUCCCCGAACCAAUUUCCCACAUGGCUGUUACGCAAACCCGUCAAGGUAUCACUACCCGCCAACUCCUUUGCACACUUCCCUCGACAAAUUCCCUGGUUGGCAUUCCUCGCCCCGUACUGGAUGCCCGCCGGCCCGUCGGCCGCGACCCGACCGCUACGGAGGCCGAAGAAGGCCUAUUCAAGUACAACCCCUUCCUCGAGUUCGACGGUAAAUGGUACCUCUCUCACGAACGCGAUGUGGCUGGCAUCAAUAAGGUUCUCUCAGCGCCAACACUUCUUGAGAGUACUAGUUUGAUUUUCGGCUUUGGUGGCGAUAUCUUUGGCACCCGAGCGACACCCAGCCAGGCAUUUGACAUUCUGGGCAAGGGAUUCUCGAAGUUGCAGUUGCUUAUGACCAUUGUUGCACUGACAAUUGGAGUGAUCAUUCUUUCUCCGAUGGUCCGGAAAAAACAGGUCAACCAGGUUUGGAAGACAACAUAG